CUGUUGGUGGCUCUGUCUUUCUGCCUCUCUUAUCGUUGGACCUCGAUCUCGACAUAAAUCGUCGUGACGGCAAGGUGAGUCGGAAGGUGCUUUCAGAGUUCACAAGGACAACAAAAAGGUUCUCCCGGUCUGCUGCAUGUUUCCUGGAGCUUCGUGUUCCCGCGCCUAGGGUAUUUAUCUUCCUCUCAUCUUCUCUUCGCUCGUUUGGGGGUAAACGCUUCUGGCCUACCUGGCUGUGGGGUCUGGCCGUUCCGACUGAUUGAGCAGACAAACCGUCUAUUAGCUGCUCCUUUCCCGUAUUGCUCGUUUGUGCACACGCGAACGUUCAGGAGUCUCGUUCGGCUGGUCUCGUCUGAUCUAGAGUGCUGGAGGUUACGGCUACUGCCUCGGCAUCCUUGUGGAAAUUUUUUGGUGUCCUGUACGACCGUAUAAUUGAUAUCGAUCCCUCUCGAGGGAAGCCCUUGAUACUUGCUGGUCUACUACUAUAAUCUGUGGACAUGCCUAUGCUAAAGUUGACUGGACGGCCGCUCAUAGUGGCGAUUAACCUUGUUGCCGGGCUCGCUAUUUUCUUCUUCGGGUAUGACCAGGGCAUGAUGUCGGGGGUGAAUACCUCUCCGGACUAUGUGGAAAGAAUGAAAAUUGGGCAUUCGAUAUAUGAGGGUCCGUCGGAGGGAUUCGUUGCCGUAAUAACGGAUCCUACGAAACAAGGCGGGAUCGUCAGUAUAUAUUAUUUUGGAACGCUCAUUGGUGCACUUUGGGCCGGUGCUGUGGGUGAUAGAAUUGGCCGAAUUAAGACGAUGUUUAUUGGUGGAUUAUGGAUUCUGCUUGGAGCGUCAUUACAAACGUCAGCUCAAAAUACUGCUUGGAUGUGCUGCGCACGGGUUAUUAAUGGUAUUGGCACCGGAUACCUCAAUGUGAUUGUUCCCGUUUGGAGUGCAGAGGUUGCGAGCCAUACGACUCGAGGCGCGGUGAUCGCGUUUGAGUUCACGCUGAACAUUCUUGGUGUUGUCAUUGCGUAUUGGCUUGAGUUUGGGCUUUCGUUCGUUGGAGAUGGGCGGACGCAGAUUCGGUGGAGGCUGCCGAUAGCCUUCCAGAUCCUACCGAUGCUGUUUUUCAUGGUAGUAAUCUGGAUCAUGCCCGAAUCACCUCGCUGGCUGGCAAAAGUCGGACGUACGGAUGAAGCACUCACGAUUCUGGGUAACUUGCGUGCAAACGGAAACAAAUCAGACCCAGUCGUCGAGAGUGAAUUUGGUGAUAUUCUCGAGGUUGUACAGCUUGAGAAGGAGAAUGCUGGCCGGAGCUCGUAUUGGUCUAUGUUCUGGGGCCUUGGAUGGGGUGAUUUGCAUGUGGCGAGGAGGAUCCAGUUGAGUGUUUGGUUGCAGAUUGUUCAGGAGUGGGUCGGGAUCGCGGCUGUUACUGUCUAUGCUCCAACUAUGUUCGCACAGGCUGGGUACAGCAGUAGGAAGUCUGAGUGGCUUUCCGGGGUCAAUACGAUAACUUAUUGCCUAAGUACACUCGUUGCCAUUCUGACGAUCGACCGAUUUGGACGACGUUGGGGCCUCUGGGUGGGUGCAGUGGUGCAAGGCAUAGCUAUGUUCCUCGCUGGAGCAUUUUCGAGAUUGACAAUUGAGCAUCCGGAGAUGAAGGCCCAGUUUGGUGCUGCGGGGGCAUUUUUUAUUUUCUUGUAUACGUUCACGUUUGGAGCGACGUGGUUGACGAUUCCGUGGGUCUAUCCGACUGAGACUUUCCCGCUCGAAGUCCGAGCAAAAGGCAUGGCCUGGGGUGUCUUCGGUUGGAGCAUCGGGAACGGGUGGCUUACGCUCCUCAAUCCGGUGAUGUUCUCGCGUAUUGCGGAGAAUACGCUACAUGUCUUUGGCGCGGUGAAUUUCCUGUCGAUCCCAAUGGUGUGGGCGUUUUAUCCUGAGACGGCGAACCGGACGUUGGAGGAGGUGGAUUUGUUGUUUGCGAGUGAGAGUCCGUUUGCGUGGGAGAAUGAGAGGUGUUUUAGGGAGUUGAAGGAGAGUGGGAUGAGGUUGAGUCACCAUGCCGGUGUAAGUGGAGGAGACGUGAUAGAGAAGGGCGAGGAGAAGAAUGAAGUGUAGGUGUCAGCCUGAGUAGAUGCUUGAGCUGUACAACUGUGUUUGUGUAGAACUUACCUUGGCAUACUCAUGAAUGUAAAUAGAAUAAUGGAUGACCUUUCACGAAUU